CCUGCUCCUUUAUGAAAUGUACUAUGUCUUAACAGGUCUGGUUAAGUGUGAGUAACUAAAACUACUUGGUUAAAGUUGGCGGUCAUGUGGAGACAAACACGAUCACAGGAGGUCACCUGUCAGAGCAGCAGGAAACACUGAUCUCUCUCUCUCUGUGCACACACCCCGUCUCUGCCGGUGUGCUGUCAAGGUCCAUUACCUCCACCUCAACAAACAGAUACUCCUGCACUUCCUCUGCUCUGCUUCCUGCAUAAAGUCAUCCAGACCAGAGAGUAGAAACACAACCUCGACCUAGAUACUGACAAAACAACCAAGGGAGGGUUCAAGGAGAUGGAGGAGUGGACAAGGAGAAACAUCAAAGACGAGGCAGGGGAGGAGGUGAAAAGAGACCUGUGACGCCCCCUGCUGGCUGCCUUGAAUACUGCACACAGGUCAGACUGACGCUCACAGCCUCAGAGGAUGAAUAAGAAGGAGGAGGGUGACUGAGCAUGAAGCAGUGAUCCAAGGCAUCCAACACAACAUCAAAAACCAACAGAAGAAGAAGUGACAGCGAGGUAAAACAAACGGGAACACUGGAGCAGCUGCUGAGAGCUGUGGGGCCAUGAAGGAGUUCCUGUUCCUUCUCCUGGUGAUGACGGAGGCGUCCAUCAGGUCUGACAGCAGCAAGUGCGAGCUGGGCUGUGACUGUCGAGGAGAUCUGAAGUUCACCAUCUGCUCUCGGGCAUUCUUCACCCAGCUGCCCAGCAGAGUCCCGGCCACCACCGAGCUCCUCGACCUGUCCGACAACAACAUCUCUGUCAUCCCUGAACGCUCCUUCAGCAAGAACCGCAAGCUCCGCAUCCUGCUGCUGCAGAACAACAACAUCAGCGUAAUAGAGGACGGUGGCUUCUCUCAGCUAGAGUUCUUGCAGAAACUGGACCUGAGCUGGAACCGUAUCUCCACCCUGACUAGAGGUUUCUCCAUCGGCCUAACCUUCCUGCGGGAGCUGCAGCUCACCCACAACUGCCUGACAAGCCUGGACAGUCAGACCUUCCUGCACCUGGACAGCCUCCAGAGGUUAAACUUGACCAGCAACAGCAUCCACACCAUCCAGGUGAGGUCAUUCUCCUCCAUGAGCACCUUACGGCAGCUCCACCUGGAGAACAACCAGCUGAUCUCCCUGAAGAGCGGGAUCUUUUCCAUGCUGCGCUCCCUGGAGGUCCUCAACCUGGCCAGGAACAAGGUCAACGACACAGAGAUGGGCGUCUUUACGCCACUCACCAGCAUGACGUUACUCAACCUGGCCAACAACUAUCUGUCCACCAUCUACUUCAAGACGUUCCUCAACAUCCACACCUACAGCACCCACAUCCUGCUGGAGGGGAACCCCUGGAACUGCGACUGCGACCUGCAGAGAGUUUUCCGGAAACUGAGGAGUGUCCACAGGCUCUUCCUGGACGACUAUGACAACCUCACCUGCAUGGAGCCACCAGUCCUCAAGGACUACCGGCUGAUGGACGUGGACACGGAGCUGUGCCUCGCCGAGACGGUCACCGUGCUCAUCAUUACUGUCACCGUGGUGAUAACAGUGCUGGCUGCCAUGCUGAUGGGCGAGAGGAAGAGGAAGAAGAAGAAGAAGGGGAAGCACUGGACGCAGCAGGGAGAGCUUUCAGAUGAGUCGGACUAUUGAAAGACAUCUUUGUUUCUUCUCUGUCACAAUUUUGAUUUUUUUGAUUUUCAGGCAGUAUUUCCAGGCUUUGCUGCUACACGCUUGCUGCUUAAAUCCCACAGGAACAUCUGCACGUCUGGAAAGAGAUUCCAGACUCUGCGGUUCAUUUUGUCGGAUUUCCCAUCUGCUUCACACCAAGAAAAAGCUUCUUUUUAAACCGACACUGUACAGAGAAUUAUUCUAAAACAUCUGUUUCACAAUAAAAACAACAUAUUGAAGGAGUUUUACUGGUGUAUCAAUAAAAAUCGGUGCAAUUACAGAUGUGAUUGUAUGUUGUUAAUGUUCCUGAUGUGACUCCAGCAUUGGAAAACAUUAAAUGGGAUGUUGUGACAUUUUAUUG